GAAUACCUGUAGUUAAGAUAACACCAUCAUACAAAAUAUCCUAAGAGCUUUUGAGUGUGUGGGAAGAAAAUUUGAAGUUGGAAAAGAAUGAAGGGAGGUUCAAUUGAAAUUGGUGAAGUGUCAAAGGGUGCAUCCCAAAGAAAAGGGAUGAAGAGAGGAUUGUCUAUAAUGGACUUUAUUUUGAGAAUUGUGGCAGCUGCUGCAACACUAGGUGGUGCAGUGGGCAUGGGAACAGCUGAAGAGAGCCUUCCAUUUGUCACUAACUUUAUGCAAUUCAGGGCUGAAUAUGAUGACCUUCCUUCAUUUGUGUUUUUUGUGCUGGCUAACUCUCUUGUCUGUGGCUACCUUGUGCUCUCACUCAUACUAUCUGUCUUCCACAUAGUCAGAAGCUCUGCAGUUAAAAGUAGAGUUCUCCUCAUUGUUUUUGACACGGUGAUGCUGGGUCUCCUCAUAGCAGGAGCAUCUGCAGCAGCAGCCAUUGUGUAUCUAGCUCAUAAUGGAAACUCAAAAGCCAAUUGGUUCCCAAUUUGCCAGCAAUUCAACAAUUACUGCCAACAAGCUUCAGGUUCAGUGGUUGGAUCUUACAUUGCUGUUGCGUUUCUCAUCAUACUAAUUCUCCUAUCAGCAGCAGCAAUCUCUCGACACUGAUGUGUGCUCCAAGUGUAUGAAAAGAGAUUGAUUCAAUGAAAAUUUUCCUAGUGUGUCUUUUGUAUCAAAGUGUGUAUCUAUCAUUGACUUGUGUUGGAUGCUUCAAUAUGUGCAGCUUGAACUUCUAGUGUGACAUUAUGACAAGCAUAUGAUCUGUAUUAAAGUGAUCACAUUCUAAUGCUUUCAUGUGCAAUUUGAAAUGCUUAUUUAUCUAUCA